AUGGCCCAGAGCAAGAGGCACGUGUACAGCCGGACGUCCAGCGGCAGCAGAAUGAGUGCAGAGGCCAGUGCCCGGCCUCUGCGCGUGGGCUCGCGUGUGGAGGUGAUUGGAAAAGGGCACCGAGGCACUGUGGCCUAUGUUGGAGCCACACUCUUUGCCACUGGCAAAUGGGUAGGCGUGAUCCUGGAUGAAGCAAAGGGCAAGAAUGAUGGAACUGUCCAAGGCAGGAAAUACUUCACUUGUGAUGAAGGGCAUGGCAUCUUUGUGCGCCAAUCCCAGAUCCAGGUGUUUGAAGAUGGAGCAGAUACAACUUCCCCAGAGACACCUGAUUCUUCUGCCUCAAAGGCCCUCAAAAGAGAGGGAACUGACUCAGCUGCAAAGACCAGCAAACUGCCCACCCGUCCAGCUAGUAGUACUGGGGUGGCCGGAGCCAGUAGCUCCCUGGGCCCCUCCGGCUCAGCAUCAGCAGGGGAGCUGAGUAGCAGUGAGCCCAGCACCCCGGCUCAGACUCCACUGGCCGCACCUGUCAUCCCCACGCCGGCCCUCACCUCUCCUGGAGCAGCCCCCCCACUUCCUUCUCCCUCCAAGGAGGAGGAGGGGCUGAAGGCCCAGGUACGGGACCUGGAGGAGAAACUGGAGACCCUGCGGCUGAAACGGGCAGAAGACAAGGCAAAGCUGAAAGAGCUGGAGAAGCACAAGAUCCAGCUGGAGCAGGUGCAGGAAUGGAAGAGCAAAAUGCAGGAGCAGCAGGCAGACCUGCAGCGGCGUCUCAAAGAGGCGAGGAAGGAAGCCAAGGAGGCGCUGGAAGCAAAGGAACGCUACAUGGAGGAGAUGGCCGACACCGCCGACGCCAUCGAGAUGGCCACUCUGGACAAGGAGAUGGCCGAGGAGCGGGCCGAGUCCCUGCAGCAGGAGGUGGAGGCGCUGAAGGAGCGUGUGGAUGAGCUCACCACUGACCUGGAGAUUCUCAAGGCUGAGAUUGAAGAGAAGGGCUCAGAUGGGGCUGCAUCCAGUUAUCAGCUCAAGCAGCUCGAGGAGCAGAACGCCCGCCUGAAGGAUGCCCUGGUGAGGAUGCGGGAUCUUUCUUCCUCAGAGAAGCAGGAGCACGUGAAACUCCAGAAGCUCAUGGAAAAGAAGAACCAAGAGCUGGAAGUUGUGAGGCAGCAGCGGGAGCGUCUGCAGGAUGAGCUGAGCCAGGCAGAAAGCACCAUUGAUGAACUCAAGGAGCAGGUGGAUGCUGCUCUGGGUGCGGAGGAGAUGGUGGAGAUGCUGACAGACCGGAACCUGAACCUGGAGGAGAAAGUGCGGGAAUUAAGAGAGACCGUGGGGGACUUGGAAGCAAUAAAUGAGAUGAACGACGAGCUGCAGGAGAAUGCACGUGAGACGGAACUGGAGCUGCGGGAGCAGCUGGACAUGGCGGGUGCCCGGGUACGGGAGGCCCAGAAGCGUGUGGAGGCGGCCCAGGAGACAGUUGCAGACUACCAGCAAACCAUAAAGAAAUACCGCCAGCUGACCGCCCACCUGCAGGAUGUGAAUCGGGAACUGACAAACCAGCAGGAAGCAUCUGUGGAGCGGCAGCAGCAGCCACCCCCGGAGACUUUUGACUUCAAAAUCAAGUUUGCUGAGACGAAGGCCCAUGCCAAGGCAAUUGAGAUGGAACUGAGGCAGAUGGAGGUGGCCCAGGCCAACCGGCACACAUCCCUGCUGACAGCCUUCAUGCCCGACAGCUUCCUUCGGCCAGGAGGCGACCAUGACUGCGUCCUGGUGCUGCUGCUCAUGCCCCGUCUCAUUUGCAAGGCAGAGCUGAUCCGGAAGCAGGCCCAGGAGAAGUUUGAACUAAGUGAGAACUGUUCAGAGCGGCCCGGGCUUCGAGGAGCUGUGGGGGAGCAGCUCAGCUUUGCCGCUGGGCUGGUGUACUCGCUGAGUCUGCUGCAAGCUACACUCCACCGCUAUGAGCAUGCCCUUUCUCAGUGCAGCGUGGAUGUGUACAAGAAGGUGGGCAGCCUCUAUCCUGAGAUGAGUGCCCAUGAGCGCUCCCUGGACUUCCUCAUUGAGCUGCUGCACAAGGACCAGCUGGAUGAGACUGUCAACGUCGAGCCUCUCACCAAGGCCAUCAAGUACUACCAGCAUCUGUACAGCAUCCACCUUGCCGAACAGCCUGAGGACAGUACCAUGCAGCUAGCCGACCACAUCAAGUUCACCCAGAGUGCCCUGGACUGCAUGGGCGUGGAGGUGGGACGGCUGCGUGCCUUCUUGCAGGGUGGGCAGGAGGCUUCAGACAUUGCCCUCCUGCUCCGGGACCUGGAAACGUCAUGCAGUGACAUCCGCCAGUUUUGCAAGAAGAUCCGAAGGCGAAUGCCAGGGACAGAUGCUCCUGGGAUCCCAGCGGCUCUGGCCUUUGGACCACAGGUGUCCGACACACUCCUGGACUGCAGGAAACACUUGACAUGGGUGGUGGCUGUGCUGCAGGAGGUGGCAGCUGCUGCCGCCCAGCUCAUUGCCCCUCUGGCGGAGAACGAGGGACUGCCUGUGGCUGCCCUGGAGGAGCUGGCUUUCAAAGCAAGCGAGCAGAUCUAUGGGAGCCCCUCCAGCAGCCCCUAUGAGUGUCUGCGCCAGUCAUGCACCAUCCUCAUCAGCACCAUGAACAAGCUGGCCACAGCCAUGCAGGAGGGAGAGUACGAUGCCGAACGGCCCCCCAGCAAGCCUCCCCCUGUCGAGCUGCGGGCUGCAGCCCUUCGUGCAGAGAUCACGGAUGCCGAAGGCCUGGGCCUGAAGCUUGAAGACCGAGAGACAGUUAUCAAGGAGCUGAAGAAGUCACUCAAGAUCAAGGGGGAGGAGCUGAGCGAGGCCAAUGUGCGGCUGAGCCUCCUGGAGAAGAAGCUGGACAGCGCGGCCAAAGACGCUGACGAGCGCAUUGAGAAGGUCCAGACGCGGCUGGAGGAGACGCAGGCCCUGCUGCGGAAGAAGGAGAAAGACUUCGAGGAGACAAUGGAUGCACUCCAGGCCGACAUCGACCAGCUAGAGGCAGAGAAGGCAGAGCUGAAGCAGCGGCUGAACAGCCAGUCCAAGCGCACGCUCGAGGGGCUCCGGGGGCCCCCUCCUUCGGGUAUUGCCACCCUGGUCUCUGGCAUUGCUGGUGGAGGCUCGCCUGGGCAGGCAUCUGGGUCUAUGCCAGGCUCGGGGCUGGUGAAGGACUCGCCGCUGCUGCUUCAGCAGAUCUCUGCCAUGAGGCUGCACAUCUCCCAGCUUCAGCAUGAGAACAGCAUCCUCAAGGGCGCCCAGAUGAAGGCCGCCUUAGCAGCCCUGCCCCCUCUGCACGUGGCAAAGCUCUCCUUCCCACCCCGUGAGGGCUCUGGCAGUGAGCUGGCCCCUGGAGCGCUGUAUCGUAAGACUAACCAGCUGCUGGAGACGUUGAAUCAGCUGAGCACGCACACCCACGUUGUAGACAUCAGUCGCACCAACCCGGCUGCCAAGAGCCCAUCGGCCCAGCUCCUGGAGCAAGUGGCUCAGCUCAAGUCCCUAAGCGACACCAUCGAGAAGCUCAAGGAUGAGGUCCUCAAGGAGACUGUGUCGCAGCGCCCUGGAGCCACAGUCCCCACGGCCUUUGCCACCUUCCCUUCCUCAGCCUUCCUCAGGGCCAAGGAGGAGCAGCAGGACGACACUGUCUACCUGGGCAAAGUGACCUUCUCGUGUGCGGCUGGCCUCGGACAGCGGCACCGGCUGGUGCUGACGCAGGAGCAGCUGCACCAGCUGCACGGCCGCCUCAUCUUCUAA